GCCCCCGCCUCGGUGUCGGUCGGCCGGCGCCCAGUGGUCAGUCGGUCGAGUGGCGCCCUGCCGCCGGUAGUGGCACCCGCAGCCGAGCACCCGCGCCCGUCAGUCAGUCUCAGUGCACGCCGCUGGCUGCCCACCCUCGGACGCUCGCGCUCUCGGACUCAGUCGGGCGAGGGCAGCGCGAGCGGUUGGUCGCGGAGGUGGCGCUCGCUCAACUCGUGGCGACGGGAGACUUCUUGCGUAGACGUGGACGCGAUUUGGUUUUCGCGCGGACGACUUUCGCGCGGACGCGGCCGUAACUUUGCCGUGAACUUGGACGUGAGUUUGCCGCGGACGCGGCCGUGACUUUGCCGCGGACGCGGCCGUGACUUUGCCGCGAACUUGGACGUUACUUUGCCGUAGACGUGAUCGCCAUCUGCGGCCCCAUUAUUGAGGAUUUUGCUGCUGCUGCCGCCGUUGCUACCCAGCUGGCGUUGCAGCCACCCGCUGAUCGCCGAUAGUUCUCUGACUGUCGGGACGGACGACUGCGUCGGCUCUGUGCCCACCUUCUCUUCAGUUUGGCGACUCGUCGCGCCUCUCGCUGUGCCCUCGGCAAAGAGCUGGGACUUCUGACACCUGCUCGGGUCAUUGAGGACCCAGUCCGGUGACCAGUAUGAGACCCAGAGGGACGCACUCGGCGGGCGCGCGCCGCCGCUGUGGGAUGACCAUGCCGGCAGUGAUGUUGGUGAUGAUGGCGGCGAUUCUUCGAGUGGCUUCAGCAGCCCCGCAGCUCCCGAUCCAGGCGGACAGUGAAGCGGCCGCUCCUCCGCGCCGGUGUACCCCAAACUGCGACGAGGCGCAGCCGCGGCCCGUUUGUGGUACCGACGGCGUCACCUAUCCGUCGCGGUGUCACCUGGGUCUGACCGCCUGCCGCGGCGCAGCCGUUCAGCUUCAGCACAUCGGCAACUGCGUCUCCAGCAGCACAGGGGACAGUGCGUGCCUGAGGAAGCGGGCCGAGGCCCUGGAGGGUCACCCCGGCGGCUCGCUGCCUCAGAACAUCUACGUGCCACAGUGCACCGCCGAGGGCCUGUACGCUGAGGUCCAGUGCCACCGCGGCUCAGGUCACUGCUGGUGCAUGGACGAAUUUGGUCGGGCGGUGCUGGGCACAGCUGUUCAGCACGCCCAGCCCGACUGUUCAGGCCGCACCUCCCGAGCAUCCACGGAUGUGGUUGCUGCAUCGAAAAACGGCAGAACAAGGAAGAGGCGAAGGCGAGGCUGCGGAAGUCGCGACAGGACGGUGUUUAGGGCGGACAUUAUGAAGAUGAUCAAACGAGAAUACCAACGCCGAAAGAGAAACAGAAACAACCGCGGUCGCUCAGGCGCCGACAGCUUGGGCACCCUGGCGGCGGAGUGGAAGUUCAAGCGGAUGGACAAGGACCGGGACGGCAAAAUCUCGCGCCGAGAGAUUCGCCGCCUAAGAAAGAAGGCGCGGCGUCAGCUGAAGCCCGCGCUGUGCGCUCGCCGCUUCUACCGAUACUGCGACACAAACUCGGACCGGUAUAUGAGCAAGCAGGAGUGGCUCAUCUGUGUCGGCGUCAAGCAGGACAAUAUCUCUUUCCGUGUGUUUCUUGCGCUGAACGAGGAUCGCAAGCCGUCGCCUGACGCAGCCGACCCGCCAGACAGCACAGAAGCCCGCCUGGAGCCCCUGUCGACACGCGAUAAAAUGUUCAAGAUGUUGGCCAGCACCAGUGACGAAAAGGCUGCCGAUGAGCAGGAGAGUGACUGUGAGACAGACCGGCGCCAGGCGCUCGACAAUCAGCGCAUGGCCGAGCUGGAGGGCAAGCUGACCAACAGCUUCUUCAUCCCUGAGUGCACGCCCGACCACAAGUACAGCCGCGUCCAGUGCCACAAAACCACCGGUUACUGCUGGUGCGCCGAUCCCGACACUGGCGAGUCAUACCCUCAGCAGGCACCGGUUAAAGACAGCGUGCCCGACUGCUCGGCCAUCCGACCGAGCACAAAGCCGCGCCCCAAGAGUCGGCGCGGCCGCGGCCGACUGCCCAAAGUGUGCCGGAGCGGUGCUGGUUUGCAGUCGUUCCUUCGUCUGCUCAUGGAUCACCUGACAAGUCGACUCAUCAAGGCGCUUCAGCAGAAAAAGUACAUACUUCCGCGCGACACGGGCGGACAGCGGAGCUUUGAGGAAAAGGUGGCAGAGUGGAAAUUCAGCGCCACAGACACCAACGAAAACAAAAUGCUCGACCGACGGGAGUGGAAGACACUCCGAAAGGAGUUUUCCGAGGACCCCGAGCUGAGGCGGUGCGGCCGCCGACUGCCGCGCUACUGUGACGCCAACAAUGACCGAAAGAUCGAGCUCGACGAGUGGCUCGUCUGCGUCGGCGCCGUCGAAGAGGAGCGGCGACCAGCGAAGGGACCUAACCCGUUCGAAGUGUACCUGACCAGCAGUGAACAGUGACUCUCAGUGACUCACAGUGACUCGCAGUGACUGGAUAGCUCGAUGAGCUCGUCGGCUUGCGUCACCGACGGCCAUACCCCGUGUCAUGAUCUAUAAAGCCGGGUCGGUUCCCUCACAGCCGGGGACUGCCUCAAAUUCCGCCCUCAGUGGGAAGGAAAGUCGAGGGAAGUCCGCCUCGAUCGGGCGCGCCGGCUGCCCGGACGUCCCGAGCCCCGGACAGCUUGGCUCAGCGCCAGCGGUGACCCAUGCACGGAGGUGACGCCGGAAGAAGAAGCCAAAGCCCGUGUCACGUAGUAGGCCCAAGUCCCUUCCGUCGCUACACAUGUUUCACGUGCCACGAGCGUGCACCACGCGAUCCAGUGUAGAAUGUGCUAACGGCGCGGUAACACAAUCACACGUGUACCAUCUGAGCGUCGGUGUUAAUUUCUGAACGUCAAGUGACACAACUACCACGGAUCAACAAGCUAAGCGGUGCCGGCGACCUGUUGUGCCAAACAAUGGAUGGAGGAAGAAUCACAAUUCCCGCCCUCAUAGGACGAAAUAGGGGCGAUACGCGGCCGACUUGACAGUGCAAGCUAAUUGUAAUGCGCCACGACGCGGGCGUGACGCACGUGCGGAGAGGAGCGUAACGACUGUGCCUGGAAGUCGGCACGGAAGCCGGUGGUAGUAGCGUUAUGACAUGGCCGCCAGCACUGCGAAAACGCGGCGAUUCGCAUCGGCAGGACGGCUUAUCGUUGUCUCAGGACUCUUGUUUUGUUUAAGCGAAUAUUGUAUUCAGAGAUGCAUUUUAAUGACGCGUGAUCAUGAUUGAAGUGUAUGAGAUGAAGUUUUAUUCGUGACUGAUAUUCAUUCUAGCGAAUGUUCGGUUCUCUACGCCAUAAUUGUGCCAUUUUAAGUCUUUUUUUUCUCGGCUUUUGCGCCCAGACUAGAAAUUACUGAUUCCUUUCCGACCAGAAAUCGGUCGCCGCCAAUUAGCUGCCAUACCGAAGGGGGCGAACUUUAUCUUUACGUGAGCGUCGCAGUGCCUCUGCGCGCCCCGUUCGCGGGUGCACCAAUGUGUUGUGCGUGUCCUGUGUCCUGUGUAUGUGAGCGUUAUUUAUCUCGUAUUCAGCAGGCGGCGGGCCGGUCCUAUGAACCCGCCCGCCGUCCGACCGUUGUCUGCGCGGCCUGGCCCGAGCCGGUGUCUCAGAGGUGUACCUGAUCCGCGCCGCGUCGUGUCGCGCGCGACGGCCGGCCGCCGGAGCAGCGCGGAGCGAGCCAGCGCGCCCAGUCCAGAUCUCAUCCCCGUGAGCUGGCCCCGCUGCGCCGGCGGGUCCGGCGCCGCUCCCCGGCUGGACCCCGGUGUCCGGAGAGGUCUGCGCUCCCGGCUGGACCCCGGUGUCCGGAGAGGUCUGCGCUCCCGGCAGGUGCGCCGGGCGCCUCCGUGCGUCUCUCCACUGGGAGGUGUCAGAUGGUAGGAGCGCGCAGACGCCGAGUGUUUAGCCCGUUCGACUACGCGCUGCCGUUGCGCGCUGACCUGACCGUGUUUCAUCCAACUCGACGGCGAUAUUUGUAAAUAUCAUCCAACCAUUCUG